GCAAUCAAUCAAUCAAUGGAAGUUGGAACAAUUUCCACUGCAGAGACUGGUUGCUUUAGAACAGCCUUUCAAAAAAAACUCCAAACCUUUUUGCAGUAAUCCACAUUGCAUCUUUAAGAUAUUUGCAAAGCCAUGGACAGUCCCCCCCUAACCCCCUUCCUCUGCAAUUUGCAUGUAGCUUCCAUCUCUGGGAAUCAUGGCCACCACCAUCAACCGACUCUGAGAUAGUCCCUCACACCACACACGUCCUCUCCCGUUUCUCAGCUUUUCUCCAUCAUUGCAGAAACUGUCACCUUCUGUCGACAAGCAGGACGCGAAGAGGGCCCGAGAGGAAGCACUUUAGAGUCCCCAACGCCAACCACCAUGCACCCUUAAUGAUGCAACGAGGAUCCACAAUCCUUCUCGCCUUCCUCUGCACUCCUGAUCCAGCAUUGUCCCUCAAUGGAGGACGCUGAGAGCAAAUGUGGCGAAGCGUUCAGCUGUUCGACUGGAGAUGAGCGCAGUGCAAACUGUUCCAGCUUUGAGAGCAAGCCGAUGAAAGGUGGAGGUUCAGAGAUCGAGUUGAUGAAGGAGCGGCUCUCCAAGUUGCUGCUGGGGGAAGACAUGUCAGGCUGUGGCAAAGGGGUCUGCACUGCGCUGGCCAUCUCCAAUGCAGUCACCAAUCUCUGUGCUACUGUGUUUGGCCAGCUCUGGAGAUUGGAACCUCUGCCUCCUGAAAAGAAGUCCCUGUGGCGAAGGGAGAUGGAAUGGCUACUUUGUGUCAGCGAUCACAUUGUGGAAUUCAAACCGACUUUGCAAACGUUUCCUGAUGGAAGCAAGCUUGAGGCUACGAGUUGCAGACCAAGGCCAGAUUUGUACAUCAAUCUGCCAGCACUCAGGAAAUUGGACAAUAUGCUUCUUGAAAUUCUAGACAGCUUCAGUGAUCCAGAAUUUUGGUACGUUGAUCAAGGGACACUGGCAUUAGAUUCUGAUAGUUUGGCAUCUUUCAGAAGAAGAAUUAACCAGCAGGAUGAGAAAUGGUGGCUUCCCGUUCCUCUAGUUCCUGCCGAAGGACUUCGGGAGAGCACUAGAAAGCAGUUGCAGCACCAAAGAGGCUGUGCAAAUCAGAUUUUGAAGGCUUCAGUUGCAAUCAAUAGCACUACUUUGGCAGAAAUGGAAGUUCCUGACUCUUACUUUGAUUCACUUCCAAAGAAUCUAAGAGCAAGCAUGGGUGAGACGGUGUACAGUUAUAUUACUUCUGAACAAUUCUCACCUGAGUGCCUUCUGGAUUGUCUCGAUUUGUCCUCCGAACACCAAGCUCUCCAAAUUGCAAACCGCGUCGAAGACUCAAUUCAUGUUUGGUGUAGCCAAAGAUCGAUAAGUAGUCACCGAAAUGGCACUGCCAGAUCGUCUUGGGGCAUUGUGAGGGGCCUGGCCAUGGAUACUGAAAAAAGUAGAGUAUUUGCCAAUAGAGCCGAGACGAUCUUGCUGUGCUUGAAGCAAAGGUUCCCUAGUCUAACACAAACCAAUUUGGAUGUCUGCAAGAUCCAAUUCAACAAGGAUGUCGGAAAAUCCAUCCUCGAAAGCUACUCUAGAGUAUUGGAGACCCUCGCGUUCAAUAUCGUUGCUCGAAUCGAUGAAUUGCUAUAUGUAGACGACCUCUGUAAGUGUCCGAAGAUCAGCUUUGUCGACCACCAGCAAGCCUCGUUUCGACACUCAGUACCUGGUUUAGACACUGCUUGUCUGACUGCUUUCUCCACACCAAGUUUCUCACCUGCAGCAGUGAUUAGUCCAGCAAGAGAAGAGAGGUUUGUCAUCUUAAACAGCAUGUCCCGCAAUCGCGGGUCAGUCAUGAAGAAAAUCUUGACAAGUUAUUUGAAUGCACAACAGGCAAAGGGAAAGAACUCGAGUUAUGUUAUCAAAAGUGCAGAAUUUCCAUGCAUGAAAACUGGAGCUCAAGGAAGUUGAGGUUAAGCAGAAAGGAAGUUUAACCUAUAUGAAAUCAUGGAUUGAAAUCAAGAGGAGGCGUAUCGUACUUCCUUGAACGCUUGAUCGAACUUGUAACUAUGCUAGAUUUAUGAAUGUUGGUGAUUCAUAUUGUAUUUACUUCUAAGACAAUUAUGAUAAAAAUAACAGUUUUAUAAAAAACAUAAUUGAAAUAAAUGUAACAGCACUGGCAGGUGUUUUAA